GUCUAGCCGGCGGAUGAUUGGAAUGUAUAGUCAGUGUGUGUCUGGCGGCGGUGUAAGGCGGUGCGUUGCCGCUCCUUGUGAUGCUAAAUUUAAGGUCUUGUGUACAAACCUAGACAUAAUCACUUGUGAUAAUUAUACCAAUAACCUACGACAACAAAGAUGUCAUUCCGACUUGUUCGACAAAGCAAGUUUCGUCAUGUAUAUGGCACUUGCCUGAAGAGGGAACAGUGCUUUGAUAAUAUACGAGUUAGUAAGUCAUCGUGGGAUUCCACCUUCUGUGCUGUCAACCCAAAGUUCUGCGCCAUAAUAGUGGAGUCAGGAGGAGGUGGUGCCUUCAUUGUUCUGCCCCUCAAUAAAGUCAACAAGACAUAUGUAUCCAAGAAAGCAUCACAGGCUGGGCGCAUCCCCCCAGACCAUCCCUUGGUAGGGGGACACAAAGGGCCGGUAUUGGACAUAGCAUGGGAUCCCUUUAAUGAUAAUGUCAUUGCCUCAGGCUCAGAAGACUGUGUAGUCAAGGUGUGGCAGAUCCCGGACUAUGGUCUUGUGACGACCAUGACCGAAUCUGUGGUGGAUCUUGUGUACCACCAGCGACGAGUGGGCAUGGUGGUGUGGCAUCCAACAGCCAACAACAUCCUCCUAUCAGCUGGGUCAGACAAUAUAGUGGUCAUCUGGAAUGUUGGGUGUGGAGAAGCCCUGUCCACCAUUGAUGCCCACCCUGAUAUCAUCUAUUCCUGUUGUUUUAACUGGGAUGGAUCUCUACUUCUUACAACUUGUAAAGACAAGAAAAUUAGGAUAAUAAACCCCCGAGAUGGAGAAGUCUUUGAGGAAGCAACAUCUCACGAAGGUAGCAAAGCGACACGAGCCAUCUUCCUUCGUAAUGGACUGGUCUUCACAACAGGUUUCAGCAAAAGAUCAGAGCGACAGUACUCUCUACGUGCUCCAGGCCAUUUAGAUGACCCUAUCACAAUGGUGGAACUGGAUUCUUCAAAUGGUGUUAUGUUCCCAAUGUAUGAUCCAGACACGAAUCUUGUUUAUUUAUGUGGCAAGGGUGACAGUGUCAUUCGAUACUUUGAGAUAACUCCUGAGGUGCCAUUUGUGCAUUACAUCAACACCUUUCAACUGCCAGACCCACAACGAGGCAUAGGAAUGAUGCCCAAACGAGGUGUGGAUGUUACCACCUGUGAAAUCACUCGUUUUUACAGGCUCAAUAACAGUGGCUUUUGCCAGAUUAUCACCAUGACAGUUCCAAGAAAGUCUGAGCUGUUCCAAGAAGAUCUUUACCCAGACACUCCUGGAGACAUUCCUGCAGUGACAGCAGAGGAGUGGUGGGAAGGCCAAAACAAAGAUCCUAUUCUUAUGUCCCUCAAAGAUGGAUACCAGGCAACACAAAAGUCAGAACUAAAGGUGACCAAGAAAAAGACCAACAUUCUAGAUAAAAUGCCACCCACUGGGAAGGUCAAAUCUGAAGAAGAUGGUAAAGCCACGGCAAUUUCAUCUGAGGCACUUGAAAAGGUUACAGAGGUCUCUAAAGUCAAUGAUGACUUAAGAAAAAGAAUAGAUGAAUUACAGACAGAGAUGAAGAAGUUCAAGGCUGUGUUUCUGAAGCAGGAAAACCGUAUUCGGACACUUGAGAACAAGGUAUCGGAGAUGAGUGGUUCUGGAGGUACCAAUGCCUCCACGCAACAACAGCAACAGGAGAUGGUGCCUGUCACUUCUUGUUACACAAUUCAUUCUGUGAGGAAGCAACCCGUGCAAGGUCAUGUGGUGCAUGCCCCAUCCACUCUUACUGCCAACACGGUCAACAACAAUUGUGACAUGGCCCCUGAUGAGGUGUAGAGACUCGAGGACUGUGUCUUCUUGUACAAGAGGCUGAUGAUUAAGAGGCUUAAGGUGUUUACUCCACACCAGCCAGUUGUGCACAGAGUUACAGGAAGAGUACAUUGGAUUGAGAGAUCUUACCAAGUGCUUCUUAUAAAUGUGCAGGAUUGUGUUUUGGUUAUGGUGUAGUCAGUCCCAAGUCAGUGUGGAAAAUAAUCUGCUACAUAUUUGGUAGCAGCAUCCUAGUGAAGAGCAGGUGAAUGGAAUCAGUUAUUUUAGUCAGUUGAUUGUGUGAGAAUCCUGUAAAUAAUUUUGUGUUAAGGGUUAUUAUGUCCAUUGCUCAUUAGUAACCAGUCAGCUGUCCAGCCAUAGCUGCUUUUUCCUCAUAACUUGCCCUGGUUGUUACCAACCAAGCCUUUGUCUUGUGCCUGUUGCCAGUUUUUGUAUGUUCAAAAUAAUAGAAUUUUAGUAUUUGUUUCCCUUGGAAUAAGAGAGCAAAAGUUUGCUGCUCACUAACAUUUCCUUUGUUACUUAAUUUUAUUUCAAAUUCAUGCUAUUUAUUUUGCACUAAUAUAAAAUGCAAAAGUUUGGGAGGGUAUGUCUGCUGUACAAACUAUCUGUACAAAGUUGUACAAUUUUAUUAAUGUAAACUCCUAUUUGUAGAGAAAUAGGUGAAUGAGUGAGGACAAAAUUUUAAGUAGAUGCAGGAUAGCCUUAGUUUUCUUAGUUGUAAAAUAUGUUUGGUAAAGUUUGAUAGAAUUGCAUGGCUCUUUGGAUAGCCGUUUUUAAUUAUUAUAAUUAUUUUGUGUUAGUAUUUUUUUAUAAUGAUUUUUCUGCUCAGUGUAGUUCCUAUGCAGAGUGACUGCUUAUUAACUCCCACUAGUGAGGUUGACCAUAGCUUUACAAGUCACUAGUAGGUUGAUCAGUACCUCCAGGCUUGACUGAUCUGAUGCCUUGAGGCCCAGGCCCAGAAGGGGUGUGCUGGAAGUUCUCGCUUGGUCUCAGUUUUUCAUAUCCAGAAUAUUUUGUAUGAAGUAUGAAGAAAAUAAAAACAAGGAAUUCUACUGGGGUUGAAAUUGAGGGUUCACAUAUGGGAUACAUUAUUGUGUCUUGAUUUGAGGGAAUGCUUGUAGAAAUGAAUGUGUAAGAUGAGGACCUCCAGUGGGUAACGUUGUUAGCUCAAAAUGGCCCACCCUAAGCCUAUCUUGCUGUUCUGGUGGAUCAAGAAUUCAGACUAGGAUCUCAUAUUGUCUUGGCAUUGCAGCCCACAGUCACAACCUCUAUGUUUUCUCCAUUUGGGAUUACAUUACAUGUAUGGCCCAGAUUAUCUGGUAAUCGAGAGAAGUUGAUUGAACGUAUACUCAUUAAGACACAUUAUUUUCAUUGUAAUUGGAUUGUAUAACACAAAGGCAUUGACAUAGCUGACUCAUAUGUUAAAGUUGUGGAUGUAUCUGUUACAAAUGAAGGAAGAAAGUCCUUAUGAUUAUGAAGGUUAAAGCACCUGCUUGAGGUCUAGGUGUUUACUUAAGUAAGCACUUAGUACUGUUGACAGUUGGUGAUUGGCUUAUAUCACAAAAUUGUUGCCAAUAGGCUGGCCACCAUUUAUAUUAGUUCAGGGUGUGGCAGCCCUGCCUUCACACUGUACUUUAAGGAUUUAUUUGAUUUUACUCAUCUAUGAUUAUCAUUGUUAUUCUUUGUAACAUGUUCUCCAUUGGCUUUUAAAAAGGAUAAUUGUAUUAUUGACACAUUUGCCCAGUCUUCUCUUUUCAUUGUUCCUAAAAUGGUGCUUUAAAUUAUAUUGGCAGUAAUUUUUCAAUGAAUUUGGAUCACUGGAUACUAAUUUACAUUGUUCUAAUAGGAAUUGAUAUAUAAAUCAUUAUUGUCAUUGUUUAUCAAUAAAAAGUUACCACAUCAGUAAUGUGUUAGGAGGGAUGUCAGAUUAAUUUUGUGAAAUGUGAUGCAGUUUGACUUACAUGUUAGAUAAGCUCUAGGUAAGAGAACCCUUGUUUUGAAGCCAAAGCCUUUGUGUAGUAGCUCUUGGUGGCUACUUAUCUGUGCUAUAUUCACUUUGUCCUUUGUUUUAUCAUCUAGGCAGAGUAUGCAGUAAUUUCUACUUAAUCUUAUGAUUUAAUGGUUAUCACAGAUUCAUUGGUCACUUGUACAAUUGAAUAUUGCAUUACUCCAUAGAUGAUAACAUUCUUGGUGUCAGUAAUUUUAUUAUUGUUGUGUUCACUAUUAAGGAGUGGGGUAAAGUAGUUAAUGUAGAACUGAGAAACUUUUAAUGCUUUUAAAAUGAUCUCUCCAUUUCACAUAUUUUUUAUGUAACAAGGUAAAAGAAAAGUUCCAAACAAAUUAGGCUCACAUAUUUAUGAGGAUGUAAUGUUCUUCUAUUUAUACAUCAAGCUGAUAACUCCCUUAAAGGGAAAAAUAGCCUAAACAAGGUUUAGGAAGAUCUGAAUCAUCCCACACUUUUUAUGUGUUGUCAUCAUCAUAGGAUGAGGAUCUCCAGUUCACUGGCUCCGUACCUCUUAGUUAUCUUUAACAAUACACAGGGAAAAUGGAGACAUACAGAUGAAGCACAAUUUACAAAUAAGUUACAUUUCUUAAAAUCAGUUAUAGAUUGGGAAUGACUGAAGAUUUCUUACUUUUUUGCUUAAUGCAUUUUGCAGUGCUGUAUGUUAGUUUUUGUAAAUGUGAAUUCUGCAUUCAUAAAUCUGGGGGAAGACUAGAUUAUUAUUAUUUUUUUUUUUUAGAUGUAAUGCCUCAUCUUAGUAUAGGAAUACAGAGAGGGAUCUCCAGCUCACCCCAUCUCUUUUUAGUUAAACUGAUUCACAUGGAAUACAGUGGUAGUAGAAUUCUUACUUUGCUAUGAAGUGUGCAUCUAGACCAUCUCUACCUUCCAAAAUUCAAGAAUUUACUAAUUGUAAAUUGUGAUUCAUUUGUACUCUGUGCCCUUUAUCUAGAAACUGGCUACUUUGUGCCAUGUUUCCUUUACAAAUACAAUGCUGAAAAAAAUAUCCCUUUGAAUGGAUGACAUUAAUGGUGCUUUUACUCAAUUAGUGUGGGCAAAAUAAUGUAAACCUAAUAAGAUUACAAAAAGUUACAUAUUUAUUGAACUUGAGACAGAUCUAUCUUUUGAGUCCAAUCACACUACAGAAGCACUGUUUACACCUGAACACUUUGUGCCUUAUCCUGCAGGGUGUGUUUUAAUGCCCUGUAUUACCCCACCCCUUGUCAUUAGCCACAUAAUAUAUAGGGAGUUUUAUGUGCCAUUAUGAUAAUUAAAACAUAAAAUUAUGACAUUGAACAUGAACCAGAUUAAUCUGGAAUAUCUUCACUGGUAUGGAUGCUUGAGGUAAUAAAAGGUAUCAGUCAUAA